AUAACCAUUCAUAUAUGUUCUUCAGCUACCACAGCCAUCUCGUUAUAAAGUCCAAAUCAGCUCCAUGGAAAUUCCUCUUCCGAAAAAGCGAAAAGGAAGUUUACAUCCAACCACACAUCAACGUGGGCCAAGCACAACCAACCAGAAGUGACCAACUACCUUCAUCCGCCAACGCCUUCACCGAUCAGCGACCAACCCACCCCAGUGCAAACCCAGAGUCCACAAUCCAUGGCCGGCUCCGGCGCCAGCAACGACGAGGUCGUCCUGGAGAUCGAGCACUGCAUCCGCAUAUUCAAGAGCGGCCGCGUCGAGCGCUACUUCGGCUCCGACCCCAUCCCGCCUUCGACCGACGCCAGCACCGGCGUCGCCUCGAAAGACCGCACCAUCUCCCCCGACGUCGCUGUCCGCCUCUACCUCCCGCCCGUCGCCGCCACAGGGAGCGGCGACGGAACAAAGAAGCUUCCCCUCCUCGUCUACUUCCACGGCGGCGGUUUCGUCCUCCACACCGCCUUCAACGCCGUCUUCCACGCGUACCUCGCCUCCCUCGCCGCGCGCGCCCGGGCCAUCGUCGUCUCCGUCGACUACCGUCUCGCGCCGGAGCACCCCCUCCCCGCCGCAUACGAGGACUCCUGGAGGGCGCUAGUCUGGGCGGCAUCCCACGCCUCAGGCGGGAGCUGCUGCGGCACCAGCGAGGAGGCGGAGGAGGAGCCCUGGCUGACCGAGCACGCCGACUUCUCCCGCCUGUUCCUCGGCGGCGAGAGCGCCGGCGCCAACAUCGCGCACCACAUGGCCAUGCGCGCCGGCACGGACAGGCUCCCCGCCGGGGCCAGCAUCAGCGGCAUCGUCCUGGUCCACCCUUACUUCUUGGGCCACGGCAAGGUGCCCUCCGAGGACAGCGACCCCGUGAUGGCCGAGAACGUGGUGAAGAUGUGGCACGUCGUGCGCCCCACGACCACCGGCGUCGACGACCCGUGGAUCAACCCGCUCGCGGCCGGCGCGCCGCCGAUGCGCGGGCUGGCGUGCGGGCGCGUGCUCAUGUGCCUCGCGGAGACGGACGUGUGCCGCGACCGCGGCCGUGCCUACUGCGAGGGGCUCAUGGCGAGCGGGUGGGCUGGGGAGGUGGAGGUCCUUGAGGUGGCCGGGCAGGGCCAUUGCUUCCAUCUCGGCAACUUCACUUGCGAUGAUGCCGUCAGGCAGGACGAUGCCAUUGCCAGGUUCCUGAAUCCGUAGAAACAUGGGCGUUUCCAGGCUGCGUGUUACGGUGGCGCAAAGCUCCUGGUUUAAUUUUGCUGUUAAGACUUGUGUGUUCGGAUUUGCCUGAAGCAAACGCUGCAUUAGAAUUUCUGUUCAUAUGGUGGAGUACUGGAGUUCGGCUGAUAUGUGCAUCUGGAAAAGAUUGAUCAAUCACUGUUAUAGUAGUAGCUUCCCGCAACAGGCGUCGAUUCAACAGAAGGCUAGGCACAUGAUGUUUAGCAACUAGCGUGGUCCUUUUGGGAAAUCACGGACAAACAGCUUCAUUUGUCGCCCCAACAAAGUAGUUUCCUCUGUUCCUCUUCAA